GGAGGACCUGAGGGGGAAGGUUUUUCAGCCCCAGAGUGGUUCAGUGUGUUCUGGUGUGAGUCAAAAUUGUGGGUCUGCAGCUCUGCUACAUUUUAUGGGAAAGUCAGUUUCCCACCAUUGUGUCCAGACACUGACAGGGCUUCAAUGUGCGUGUGUGUGAGUGAGUAUGGAAAACAGACUGGAUUCAGGGAGCAGCACAGGAAGAGGCUGAAUUCAGAUAACGCUGGAGCCUCUUGAGGUGAAAGCAGACCACUCUUUGCAAAGCUUUUGAGUGUCUUUCUGGACUGGGGUUGUUUUCUUUUGCUUGCGGCUGUGGAGUGUUGACAUCCUGCUAUUGAGACGGAGUGUGGCGUUGCCUAGCCAGCGGUGAUAGUGGCUGUGCUCAGCUACAGGGCUACAUGCCAUGGGCUGUGUUUUCUCCCUGCCAGAAGACAGGAGAGAUGCUGCCGAGAGAGCACCCACAACAAGAGAAACGAGUUUCAUCGAGAAAAUGAAGAAAACGGGAAAGAACAUCAUUGUGUUCUAUGGCUCCCAGACCGGCACAGCAGAGGAGUUUGCCAACAGACUGUCCAAAGAUGCUCAGCGCUAUGGCAUGAAAGGAAUGGCUGCUGACCCAGAAGAAUAUGACAUGGGUGAACUGUCUCGUUUGUCUGAGAUCAAAAACUCGCUAGCCAUAUUCUGUAUGGCCACCUAUGGAGAAGGAGACCCGACAGAUAAUGCCCAGGAUUUCUAUGAUUGGUUGCAGGAAAAUGAUGAUGAAGACCUCUCUGGACUCAACUUCACGGUAUUUUCUUUGGGCAACAAGACGUAUGAGCAUUACAACGCAAUGGGGAAAUAUGUUGACAAAAGGUUGGAAGAACUUGGGGCCAAGCGCAUCUUUGACCUUGGUUUAGGAGAUGAUGAUUGCAAUUUGGAAGAGGACUUUGUCUCAUGGCGAGAGCAGUUUUGGCCUGCUGUUUGUGAGCACUUUGGAGUGGAAGCCUUAGGAGAUGACUCAAGCAUACGGCAGUAUGAGCUGAAGGAGCACACUGACAUCAACAUGAAUAAAGUGUUCACAGGAGAGAUUGGCCGUCUGAAGAGUUUUGAGGUCCAGAAGCCGCCAUAUGAUUCUAAAAAUCCCUUUUUGGCCCCAGUCACUGUCAACCGUAAACUCAAUAAAGGUGGUGAGAGGCAUCUGAUGCACCUUGAAUUGGACAUUUCAGGCUCCAAGAUCAGAUACGAGUCAGGAGACCAUGUGGCUGUUUUUCCUACAAACGAUGCAGUGUUGGUGAAUAAAUUGGGACAAGUCCUUGGUGUGGACCUUGAUGUGGUUAUGUCUCUGAACAACCUCGAUGAGGAGUCCAAUAAAAAGCACCCGUUCCCAUGCCCAACAACAUACCGGACAGCUCUGACUCACUACCUCGACAUGACACAGUCUCCUCGCACCAAUGUCCUCUAUGAAUUGGCCCAGUAUGCGUCAGACCCCAAAGAACAGGAGAAUAUGCGCAAGAUGGCCUCCUCCUCCCCUCAGGGCAAAGCACUCUACCAGAGCUGGGUGUUGGAACCCUGUAGAAACAUUCUUGCCAUUCUGGAGGACAUGCCCUCUUUAAGGCCCCCCAUUGACCACCUGUGUGAGCUGCUGCCUCGUCUCCAGGCUCGCUAUUACUCCAUAGCCUCCUCCUCUAAAGUUCACCCAAACAGCAUCCACAUCUGUGCCGUGGUGGUGGAAUACAAGACCAAGACGAACCGUAUCAACAAGGGAGUGGCCACCAACUGGCUGAAGAACAAGCUGGUCACUGACAAUGGUCACAAAUCUACUGUUCCCAUGUAUAUCCGCAAGUCUCAGUUCCGCCUACCCUUCAAGGCCAGCGUCCCGGUAAUCAUGAUUGGUCCAGGGACAGGAAUUGCUCCCUUCAUGGGGUUCAUCCAGGAGAGGGGCUGGCUCAAAGAGCAAGGCAAGGAAGUUGGAGAGACGGUGUUGUUCUAUGGCUGCAGACAUAAAAAUGAAGAUUAUCUCUACCAGGAGGAGCUAGAGGAGGCGGAGAAGAAUGAAGUCCUAACAAGGCUUAAUGUAGCCUUCUCCCGAGACCAGGAGCAAAAGGUUUAUGUGCAACACCUCUUGAAGAAAAAUAAGGAGGACAUCUGGAAGCUCAUUCACUCAGUAAAUGCCCAUAUCUACAUUUGUGGGGAUGCAAGGAACAUGGCAAAGGAUGUGCAGGUGGCCUUCUAUGAGAUAGCAGAGGAGCUUGAAGGCAUGACACGCACCCAGGCCACAGACUACAUCAAGAAACUGAUGACCAAGGGACGCUACUCACAAGACGUGUGGAGUUAAAACCGUCAAACCCGGCCUUAAUCUCACUUCUCAAGUGGUUGUUUUUAAUUUGUGGCAUCUGGUUUUUUUUUAGAUCUUAUUUUAUUUGGACUGAAUAUGAAAAUAUUUAACACACUUUCAUUUUCAUUGUGGUUCAUGAAGCUAAAGGUGGAAGCCCUACCUCUGCAGGUUAUUGAGUAAACCCAUUGCACAGCUUUAUUCUCGUACUCAUCUGUGUAAUAUUGUGUAAUUGGAUCACCAGCACUUGUUCUUCAGCCUCCUAAAGCACUGUGCGGGUCCCCUUUGCUGUUAACGAUAAUACAACCAAACAUCCAUCCAUCCAUUUUCUGCACCGCUUAUCCUCACUCGGUUCGCGGGCGUGCUAGAGCCUAUCCCAGCUAUCUUUGGACAAGAGGCGGGAUACACCAUGAACUGGUCACUAGCCAAUCGAAGGGCACAUAGAUAAAUGACCAUUCGCGCGCGCACUCACACCUACGGGUAAUUCAGUCUUCAAUUCACCUACUGUGCAUGUUUUUGGGAUGUGGGAGGAACCCGGAGUACCCGGAGAAAACCCACGCAGACACGGGGGGAACGUGCAAGCUCCACACGGGAAACUGCAUUUUAACCCGGGUCCUCUGAACUUUGAGGCAGAUGUGCUAACCAGUCGCCCACCUUGCCACCACAACCAAACAUGUUCAAAAAUACAAAGAUUUUGAGGGAAAUAUUUUAAUUAACUAGCAUCAAUAGUACAACAUAAUGUUCAGCUUUGUGUUUUGACAAGGGACUUUUACUGCUUCGCUUAGUCAGUAAUUAACUUGAGAUGCAGGUAUGUGAUGCAAAGGGGAUUCUUUAAUGUAUUUUGUUUUUAUACAAGCAUGCAGUUGAGAGAGAAAAAUACGAAAAUGUACAGGUACACUGUUAAUACGUGUUAAAAAUCUGACCUGUAACAAUGUCUGGCCUCGUAGAUGUUUUUUAAUGCAUUUGACUGACAAAUAUGAAGCGGUUUGUUCAGUGCUCGUAACACUGAAACAGAGCUGGCUGUACGUUUUGAUGGAACUGAUGUAUAUAUUGUUCAGUCACUUAUACAACAAUGAAGAGGAGGAGGAAACAUUUCUCUCUACCUGGUGUACGUGUGUGUGUUUUCCCUACAAUUUAUGUGAAGCCUGGAUUUGAAGAGAACAAAUGUUGACAUUCUGCCAGCCAGCUAGAGUGCAGCCUGUGCCUUUUAAACACUGCCUUAGAUAUUGGUAAACAUUUCUUUCCUAUUUUUUAUUUCCAUUCGGAAUGUUUCAUGUACUUUAACCUGAAACUCUUUACUGCCUACUGUCCUUGUUCUCCAGUCUUCUUUAUGCUAAAAUUGUUUGAUCACAAGGCCUGCCUUUUUUAUAUAUAAAUUAAUAAAAAUUUAAUAAUU